AGUCUUUCGGCUUUGAAGUGGGCUGAGUCAGCCUGGAACGUCACACGCUCAGCACCUGAACGUCACGUCACGUUCACCGCUCCCAGCGGAUGGCACACUCCGAGUCCGAGUUUUCGAUGGUCUCCGUGGCCAGGGAUGCCACGGAUGCCGCCACCACCCGGAGCCCCUUCGAGUUGAUGAAGAUCGGAGAAGAGCAGGAGAACGAAUACCUCCGAGAUGCCGCCGAUCGACUCAGCGUUGACUUGUGGGGCCCAAGCGUCCACGAUCGCAUUCGGGCGCUGGCCGAAGGGUCAGGUCCAGACGUGCAAACGCGGCUUCAAGACUUGACGUCCAGCUUCCAGAAGGUCACUUGCAAGCGCAUCUUCAGUAUGCGGCUGAACAUCAAGAAUAUGGCCUACACGGUGUUCGAGCUUCUUACACGCGAAGUGCAGGGUGAUCAAGAAGUACCAGAAAAAACCUGCAUGAAGUUGGAGGCGACGAGAAAGCAAAUAACUGCGGAGAUUGAGAAACAAUUGGAGGACUUCAGCAUCCGCAGCAAGAAGCACGGACAGGAGGUGGUGGCGUUGAUGGGCGAAGCCAAGGCAAACUUCUGGCACUGCGCUCUUGGGUUGAAAGGCGCCCUCGCAGUUGGUACAUGUGGUGCAGUGGUUGCUCGCUUGCUAUAUUUGGCUUCUUUCCGACCCGAAAGGCUUGCUUGGACCAGUUUUGUGAAUCGUUGGUCCAAGCCAAGCUACAAGGAUCCCUCAGGAAGAAUCCACUACCAGAGACUGACCGCAGAGGAGGGUGGUAUCAGACUUGAGGCCAGGUGGGCCCUGAGCUUUUGGUGUGGUAUCCCCGUUCUGGCAAUUCUGUUCGGCGGACUCGGUGCCCUUUGGGCAUACCGCAGCCUGUGUCAAAAGAAGGUUGCAGAGACAGAGGCGGAUGCGCACACACUCUUGAAAGCUGACAUAGAGCGACACAAGAGGAUGUGGGAGGGAAUCCACAUUGCAGUGCACUCAGUGGAGCACCAUUUCCAGACUCUCCAAAGCCUGGGCGAAGACCAACCACUGCAUCGCCAGGAGACAAUCAAGAACCUCGUACGGUCCCUAUGGGCAAUGCGCAUGGGCAUUGACGAAAUUUGCGUGUGGAUGAAAGAGAACGGGUGCUUCCCACCCUCCUACAGCGUGCGCAAUGAGAUCGGACAUGUGCUCCAUGACCGGAUUGUGAGCGUUUUCAACCAGGUGAAAGGCAAGGCUGGGCGCCAAGAGUGUGCUCAAAUUGGAGUUGCAUGAUAGGGAUGUGGGAUGGUCAUCCAUUGCAGAUGAAGGCUGACCAACCUACACAAUGGUGGAACAAGCUUGAAACUCUCAUGUC